AUGUUGACGACCUACAUGGGCAAAAGAGCAAGAAGUCAUUCUUGUGGUUGUGAGAUUAGUCUCUAUAGUAACCAGUUUAUCAGCUCUGAAAUUUGGCAAGCCAAGCCAAAUAAACCUCGGAGAGGCUGCAGGAUCCACGUCACCGCCGGGGUGCGCGUUGCGUCACCGCCAGGAGCCCGCCGGGGUGCGCGUUGCGUCACCGCCGGGAGCCCGCCGGGGUGCGCGUUGCGUCACCGCCGGGAGCCCGCCGGGGUGCGCGUUGCGUCACCGCCGGGAGCCCGCCGGGGUGCGCGUUGCGUCACCGCCGGGAGCCCGCCGGGGUGCGCGUUGCGUCACCGCCGGGAGCCCGCCGGGGUGCGCGUUGCGUCACCGCCGGGAGCCCGCCGGGGUGCGCGUUGCGUCACCGCCGGGAGCCCGCCGGGGUGCGCGUUGCGUCACCGCCGGGAGCCCGCCGGGGUGCGCGUUGCGUCACCGCCGGGAGCCCGCCGGGGUGCGCGUUGCGUCACCGCCGGGAGCCCGCCGGGGUGCGCGUUGCGUCACCGCCGGGAGCCCGCCGGGGUGCGCGUUGCGUCACCGCCGGGAGCCCGCCGGGGUGCGCGUUGCGUCACCGCCGGGAGCCCGCCGGGGUGCGCGUUGCGUCACCGCCGGGAGCCCGCCGGGGUGCGCGUUGCGUCACCGCCGGGAGCCCGCCGGGGUGCGCGUUGCGUCACCGCCGGGAGCCCGCCGGGGUGCGCGUUGCGUCACCGCCGGGAGCCCGCCGGGGUGCGCGUUGCGUCACCGCCGGGAGCCCGCCGGGGUGCGCGUUGCGUCACCGCCGGGAGCCCGCCGGGGUGCGCGUUGCGUCACCGCCGGGAGCCCGCCGGGGUGCGCGUUGCGUCACCGCCGGGAGCCCGCCGGGGUGCGCGUUGCGUCACCGCCGGGAGCCCGCCGGGGUGCGCGUUGCGUCACCGCCGGGAGCCCGCCGGGGUGCGCGUUGCGUCACCGCCGGGAGCCCGCCGGGGUGCGCGUUGCGUCACCGCCGGGAGCCCGCCGGGGUGCGCGUUGCGUCACCGCCGGGAGCCCGCCGGGGUGCGCGUUGCGUCACCGCCGGGGUGCGCGUUGCGUCACCGCCGGGGUGCGCGUUGCGUCACCGCCGGGGUGCGCGUUGCGUCACCGCCGGGGUGCGCGUUGCGUCACCGCCGGGAGCCCGCCGGGGUGCGCGUUGCGUCACCGCCGGGAGCCCGCCGGGGUGCGCGUUGCGUCACCGCCGGGAGCCCGCCGGGGUGCGCGUUGCGUCACCGCCGGGAGCCCGCCGGGGUGCGCGUUGCGUCACCGCCGGGAGCCCGCCGGGGUGCGCGUUGCGUCACCGCCGGGAGCCCGCCGGGGUGCGCGUUGCGUCACCGCCGGGAGCCCGCCGGGGUGCGCGUUGCGUCACCGCCGGGAGCCCGCCGGGGUGCGCGUUGCGUCACCGCCGGGAGCCCGCCGGGGUGCGCGUUGCGUCACCGCCGGGAGCCCGCCGGGGUGCGCGUUGCGUCACCGCCGGGAGCCCGCCGGGGUGCGCGUUGCGUCACCGCCGGGAGCCCGCCGGGGUGCGCGUUGCGUCACCGCCGGGAGCCCGCCGGGGUGCGCGUUGCGUCACCGCCGGGAGCCCGCCGGGGUGCGCGUUGCGUCACCGCCGGGAGCCCGCCGGGGUGCGCGUUGCGUCACCGCUGGGAGCCCGCCGGGGUGCGCGUUGCGUCACCGCCGGGAGCCCGCCGGGGUGCGCGUUGCGUCACCGCCGGGAGCCCGCCGGGGUGCGCGUUGCGUCACCGCCGGGGUGCGCGUUGCGUCACCGCCGGGGUGCGCGUUGCGUCACCGCCGGGGUGCGCGUUGCGUCACCGCCGGGGUGCGCGUUGCGUCACCGCCGGGGUGCGCGUUGCGUCACCGCCGGGGUGCGCGUUGCGUCACCGCCGGGAGCCCGCCGGGUGCGCGUUGCGUCACCGCCGGGAGCCCGCCGGGGUGCGCGUUGCGUCACCGCCGGGAGCCCGCCGGGGUGCGCGUUGCGUCACCGCCGGGAGCCCGCCGGGGUGCGCGUUGCGUCACCGCCGGGAGCCCGCCGGGGUGCGCGUUGCGUCACCGCCGGGAGCCCGCCGGGGUGCGCGUUGCGUCACCGCCGGGAGCCCGCCGGGGUGCGCGUUGCGUCACCGCCGGGAGCCCGCCGGGGUGCGCGUUGCGUCACCGCCGGGAGCCCGCCGGGGUGCGCGUUGCGUCACCGCCGGGAGCCCGCCGGGGUGCGCGUUGCGUCACCGCCGGGAGCCCGCCGGGGUGCGCGUUGCGUCACCGCCGGGAGCCCGCCGGGGUGCGCGUUGCGUCACCGCCGGGAGCCCGCCGGGGUGCGCGUUGCGUCACCGCCGGGAGCCCGCCGGGGUGCGCGUUGCGUCACCGCCGGGAGCCCGCCGGGGUGCGCGUUGCGUCACCGCCGGGAGCCCGCCGGGGUGCGCGUUGCGUCACCGCCGGGAGCCCGCCGGGGUGCGCGUUGCGUCCCCGCCAGGAGCCCGCCGGGGUGCGCGUUGCGUCCCCGCCAGGAGCCCGCCGGGGUGCGCGUUGCGUCCCCGCCAGGAGCCCGCCGGGGUGCGCGUUGCGUCCCCGCCGGGGUGCGCGUUGCGUCACCGCCGGUAG